GGGGGCGCAGCGGUGGAAAGCAAUCGCCGCCACUACUGCUGCCCGCUCUGCUGCUCCUCAGCCUUCCGGAGCUGGUUAGUCAGCUUCGCGGCUGCGGGCUAGCAGCCGGGUCCCCACGCUCUGAGACUUGUCCCUCACCGCGGUCCCCGCGUCCUCCCACCUCAGCUCCUCGGGGAGGGGGGCGGUCGGUGCCUGCGCAGAGCCGCCUCCUCCCCGCCCCCGCCCCGCCUCCCCCCCCCCUCCGCCGCCGCCCGCUACAGCCGCCGCCGCUGCGCCUGCUGCUCCUCGCCGUCCCCGCUGCAGUGCGAAGGGCUCGAAGAUGGCCGGUUGGCAGAGCUACGUGGAUAACCUGAUGUGCGAUGGCUGCUGCCAGGAGGCCGCCAUUGUCGGCUACUGCGACGCCAAAUACGUCUGGGCAGCCACGGCUGGGGGCGUCUUCCAGAGCAUUACGCCAGUAGAAAUAGAUAUGAUUGUAGGAAAAGACCGGGAAGGUUUCUUUACCAACGGUUUGACUCUUGGAGCAAAGAAGUGCUCAGUGAUCAGAGAUAGUCUAUAUGUCGAUGGUGACUGCACAAUGGACAUCCGGACAAAGAGUCAAGGUGGGGAGCCAACAUACAACGUUGCAGUGGGCAGAGCUGGGAGAGGAACAUUGCUGGGGAAGAGAGAAAUGAUUAGAAUAAGGGUUUUGGAUUGAUCAAGAAAUUGUGGUGUUUCCUGACUGUUGUCAACAUUGCAGAAAAUCUUACUGCAUUGAAUAUGCCUCACUACUUUUUCAAAACUUUCAAAAUUGAGGUUUGAUAUGACAUUUACUUAAUUUAUAAGUAUAUUUAAAUGUACUAACUUGUGUAAAUAUUUUGUGAAUAAAGAGGGUUUUUGUCGUCUCGUACAGCAGACUUGGCACAUAUAAGUAAAACCAGAUCUACUGUGUGAAGGAACUUGAAGCUUCUCUGAGCCGUAAUUUACUGUAAUGAUCCUAACUCCUUGUGAUUGUCCUAAUGGUUACUCUUACUCUAAUGUGAAUUGAUGAGUAUGAGAAUUGCUUUAUAGGAAAAUUAGGUGGUAGAAAUAAUAGACAAAUCUCUUUAAAUAUCAGCAGAGCUCAGAUAAAUGUUAAAAAGCAUCAACUGUGCGACAGGAAACCAGAAUGAGAUUUCCAUACCAUAUAGUGCUGCUGACAUCUAGUGGCAGUGAAUAUAAAAUCUGACAUACAUAUAUUUUGGGGAUAGAUCUUUGAACUGCAUCAUAGAAGAACCUAUCGUUGGAAAUAGUAAAUCUAUUUCAGGCUUUUACACUCAAUUAAAAACAAAGCUAGAUAGCCCUGGCUGGUGUAGCUCAGUGGAUUGAGUGCAGGCCUGCGAACCAAAAGAUCGCUGUUCGAUUCCCAGUCAGGGCACAUGCCUGGAUUGCAGGCCAGUUCCUAGCAGGGGCCAGUUCCCAGCAGGGGACACAUGAGAAGCAACCAUACAUUGAUAUUUCUCUCUCUCAUUCCCUUCCCUUCUCAAAAUAAAUAAAAUUUUUUAAAAAAGAAAAUCACUUUAAAAAAAGGCUAGAACAGUAAGGACAUCCGCUAAUCAUAACACUUAAGUACUUUUAAUUUGGCCUUUCCUGAAUAGCACUGAUAAUGCUAUUUGAAAAUUUGGUCUUGGUUUCCCUUUGGAAAUAAUAGACACAUUUAGCCUUACUGGUAAGACUUAAUAGUUUAUACUUAAAUCUGUUAAAUUGGAGAAUUUUUUAAAAGUAAUCACUUAAGGUUUUUAAGUUUAUAUUUUGGGGGCCAGUCUAAUAAGUAUGUCAUACUAACCAGACGUUUUUGCCCUAGAAUGGAAGAUAAAUGAUCACACUUCUCCCCCUUCACCUCACAACCUAGCUAGGGUAAAGAUAUUUUUAUAGAGCACUGCAGCUGCAUUGAUUGGACUUUCCAGAUGCAGUUAAUAGUUUCAGUUUUUCACAUAUAAUUACAUUGAAAAUUCUCCUUUUUAGAGACCUAGUUGGCUUCAGUGCUUGACAGUUCAUGGAAAACUAACUUAAUGUUAACUUAUUAAUCGGGGUUCUGUCUGCUAAAACUUAUGUGACUUUUCUUGAUUAACACUUCUUUUGAAACACUUUUCUUCUUUCUC